GCCAAUUCUUGUGUUUGACAUAAUCGAAGCGCCGCCAUGAUGGAGGAGUGGAGUGUGGUGGCCGUGUGCAUAAUAUGCGUCGUGUUCGUUCAGUUCUACGUCUUCGAGGUGCAUUACUUCAUGCGGAUGGGGUUGUGCGUGAUCCUGGCCAAGUUCUUCAAGAAGCGGCUGUCCAUCCUGGACACGGCCAGCUUCACGAGUAUCUGCCUGACCACGGACGUGGACAUGCUGCUCUACCACAUGAACAACGCCCGCUACCUGCGGGAAGUCGACUUCGCGCGCGUGGAUUUCUACGAGAGGACGAAGCUCUUCGACACGAUCAGGAAGAAGGGCGGCGAGGUGUUCCAAGGGGCCACGACGAUCAGGUACCGCCGGUUCAUCCGACCCUUCACCUUCUACAAGAUCACGACCAGGAUUAUCUACUGGACCGAGUCGGCCGUUUACAUGGAGCACAGGUUCCUGACGGCGGACAAUUUCGUGAGGACCAUCGUCCUGGGCCAGCAGAAGGUGGUCAACUGCAAUUUGGAGGAGAUCAUCGCCGAGCUGGUGACGAAGAAAGGAGGCAGCGAGAACGCCAUCCAGAAACCCGAGUGUCCCCUCGACUUGAGGAAAUGGAUCGAGUGUAACGAGAUCUCCAGCGUCAACCUCAGGAAUGGAUGUUGAUCACCGCUCCUCGUGAGUUAGAAUGUUUCUAUGUACGUGUAUAGUUGUAAAUAGUCCCUCGUUAUCGUUAUUUAUGGAAACGUGGUCAGAGAAGGGAGGUCAUGAAUUAGGGUGGAUCCUCGGCUGUUCAGCAUUGCAUUGCGGGCACGAUCAAUGUAUUUAAAGUUUUAAACCUUAGGUGAAUCAUUUUGGAAAAAUCGAAAUUUCAGUCUUUGGGCGAAUCAUUAAGGGAUGUUCGAGCCGAAAAUCAUCUGCCAAAGUCUUAAAACAAGGUCAAAGGUACUUUCUCCAAUCAUCCAUCGAUAUAUUCAGAUCGGUUGCAAAGUGGAAACAGUACUCUUGCCUUUAUUUUAAGAUUUUGGAAGAUGAUUUUCGGUACGAGCAUUCCGUAAUGAUUGAUCUACAGACUGAUUAUUCGAUUUCCCCAAAAUAAUCGCCCAAAUGGUUAAAAUUUUAAAAAUAUCGAUCGCACCUAAAAUGCAUAGCGCAAAAACUAAAGAUCCUCUUAACAUCCACUAGAAAAUCGAAAAACGCCUAUCUCAGCUGCAUUUUUUCAAAAAUUCCGUUCUUAUUUUCUCUUUUUUUCCCAAAUUUUUGGAUAAAGUAUAAAUGGAAAAAUCAACCAACGGCUCUACAUACAAUUUUCCGAAUAGUCCUCAUAUUGCAAUUAAAAAUAACAUUUAAGUUCAUGAGGAGGAUAACUUUCGGAAAAAAAACUUCCGUUCAUAAGGGACCCUAAGGUUUUUGAUCCAGUAAACCAAAUUUUUCUGUCAUUGGAGUCGAGCCUCGGGUUAUGUAACCUAAGUUUUUGUUAGCUUAGUAAGUAUCGUCCUCUCUACCAAAGAUUUCGGUAAUUUCAACCGGGUCUCAGCUCCUGAAAUCGAAAACUUUGUUCACCGGGACUAGGCAAUUUGGUGUUCCUUAUGAGACGGAAUUCGCAAAGACCAGUUUUCUUUUUCGGAGAUAGACGAACAAAAAAUUGUAAAAAUCGCACACAUAGUAGGUAGUUUUCUGACUUUCGCCAUUAAUCAGGUUUUCUAGUUUGCGCAGUGUUUUCAAGAUAUCAAUCCCUUUCCAUCUGGCUUGCUUGAAAAUCAUAAAAAGGUAAUGGAAAAAGGGAAAAUGUUAAUUGUUUUGGCACAUUUUCCUUUCAGUUAUUCGACCUUCUCCACCCUAGUAUACGCCCAGACUACAUUAUAUUUAUUCUGUAGAGUGUUAAUUCUGUAAGCCCUACGUCUUUUUUUUUGCUCCAGACUCGACCACAUUACUUUUUCUGACCACGUCAAGAAUCGUUAACUGUUCGUUGAAGUUUCCAAUGCGGUUUCACUUAUACGAUAAGCUGCAGACCAAAAUUCAACGAAUACUGACUAAAAAUAACUGUGAUAUUUUUGAUUUGUAGAAAUUAACUCGAAUGUGGUGCCAAUAACACUUCAUCACACGAUGCUAGACCAGAGACCCUUUUUGGCCUUACCCCCUCCUCCUCGAAAAGCCCCCAAUUUUUAGCCCUCGCGCACAAAAUUUGCCUUAAUGUCUGUGUAAGUCCAGCGAUGAAUCAACAUAAAUCACGAAAAUCACUGUUUCCUAGUCCUAUUGGCAGAGCAAGAUAUGUUUAAGGUGGGUGGCACAGAAAGGCUUCCCAAAAAGUCCGGAAAGACCUCACUCCCACUGUUUCAAAAAUCAAAAUCGGGCCCGCAAGCCUCUUCCCCCCCCCUCCGCCUUUGACUGAUCCCUGAUGAUUUUCUAAAGCUCCGGUGAGACAACACCUGUGUCGACAAUGCAAAGUCUGAUGUUGUGCUAUUAGCACUUAUCUUUUAAUAAUACUAAGUCAUAAAGGGUGAUCUCAUUGUCAGUUGCCCGGGUAAAUUUGCAGCUUUUGAGGGAUUACGCUAUGCUGCACACAUUUAAAAUCAAUCCUUUGGACUGUAACAACCUGUACCUUACAGAGAGUUAAUCUGAGGCGCGGUUGUGUUAGAACUGUCGUUCAGAAUCGCAAGUUAAAAUUUUGAGUUUUUGGCGAAGAUUGAUGGCAGCGAAGACGGUAAAAUCUGAAAUUCGAUGAAAUUAAGACAAGAUUUGUUGUAAACAAUGGCACAUUCAGUAAUUAAUAUGUUUAAUAAGACGCUGUUCUUUAAAAAAACAAAGCGUUGUUUUUUUUCGAAACUAGCAUUUUUCGUAUGUGAAUGACUCAAAUGUAUGUACCACUCUCUACUUUUUUACUUAACAUUUAAAGCUUGCCGAGAGUUUUACCUAGAUUUUAUUGAUUUCGACUGAGAAACUCCCAAACCACGUAUCUCAGUUCACGACGUUGCAGACUUCCUGUCGCACUUUAUUUUUUAAAUGGAGAACUAUUCAAAUGUCCAUUCUGAAAAACCUUUGUGAUUUUUCCUUUACUCGAAGCAAAUUCUGAAGAAACCUAACUGAAAGUUGUUGAUUUGUUCUGCUUUAAAAAUAUAAAUUAGAAUCGGGCAUUUUUAAUCGCUGUAGAGAAACGUGGUUUGGGAAUAUUACCGUCAAUAUUCGAUAUAGCGCACGCCGGUUCGACCAUAAUCGACUACCAGGAGAAAACGGCCUAAUACACUGUAUGAAUAGUGUUAGAUGAAGAAAAUCAUUUAAAUUUUUGCGUGACGUCUCUAUCGUAAAAAAAAUACCGCCACUAGUGUCGAAUUUCAAAUGAAAUUCUCUCGUCUAAGUGACGGUGUCAUCCCUCCAGAGCAAUUUACCCGACAGCUCCGUGUGAAAUCCACUUUUUUUAAAGGCUAAGUAAUGUUUCAAGAUGCCUUUAACAUUUUUCUAUUGUAUUUUUUUUUUUCAUUUUGCUAGAGUUACUAUUUUAAAUGUGUACGUACUGGCAACACCCUGUUGAGUCCUCCAACAGCUCAUUAUUUUUCGGUGCGCAUUUCAUAUGCAAAAUUUUAUUAUUUUUAGAGCUCUUCCUACAUCGUGAAAUCAGUAUGCGUGCAAUUUGCAAUUAUCAUAAGUUUACGUAUCAAUGUGUAUUUUUACUUCUUCUGCUUGAUCAUCUCACGCCAUGGAAAGCAUAAUUUUUCCGUUUCAUAAUUAUCCUCAAAACCGAAUGAACUAAUUAUUCUCACUGAUUUUAACCGUAAUACUUACUGGUGUUUUUGCAUCAAUUUUCUUUAAUCAUUAGCGGUCUCAACAAAAGCUCCUUAUUGUAACCCACCUUUAAGAUUUAGACAGUAUUGAUGGGCAACUAGACAAGGUCUGAUCUAGAGGUCAACGUUACAUGUUUUCUCUUCAAAAUAUUAAGUAGAAAACCAUUCACACAACGAUAAGUUCAGAAAUCAACUCCUAAAUGAGAUACCAACACGUCCUUUCAACACAUAUCAAAUGGAAGUUAAAUUAUAUACAAAUGACGUCAUUUGUAUAUUGUUGCCAUUAAACCAAUGUUAAUUGAAAACCCUCAUCUCUUUUUCAGAAGUUAAUUUUCAGUCUUCCCUCGGGGUAAUUCGUUCUUUCUAUACAAUUUUGAAGAUAAAACAUGUUACGGCCUUGUCUAGAGACACACAUUAUUCAAUAUUCUCAAUAGUAAAUAAAAGGAAAUAUAUAUUCUGUGCUUUUCAUAAUCUUCGUAGGUUCUCAUGAAUUAGCAAUUUUGUGGUACGAUCACGAUGUUUGAACCAAAGCCUUUCAAAUCGGUAAUAUAUCUGAAUGCUAUGUCAUAAACCGCUCUUUAUAUACCAUAAAAGAACCCAAAAUCGAGUUUUCCGAAGCCUUUAGGAACUCUCAUCCAUGAUAAAUGAAUUUCCUGUGAUCCUGUUGCUGUAAUCUUAACUAGGCUAGGCUCUAAAUCCCGGUCUAAAUCCACUGUUUAGUCCAUCUAUCGGUUAUGUAACUAUUUUCACAUGAAAAAUCAACACAUUUUUUAAUGAAUCACUAUAUGCUUAUUUCAAACGCAGCUGAACCAUUUGCAGGCUGCUGAAAUUAUUAUUACUAUCCGUGCAUUUUUAGCAAUCUAUGAAUGAGACCACACUCACUCUGUACACUUAUUCAACAGCUCUCCUCAUUACUCAGUGGAUGUAUCAGUAGCUUUCUUGAACUUGUGUUAUGAAACAAAUUACGUUGCAUUAAAAUUGAUUUGUUACACUAAAACUCCACGCAUAUGUGUAUAGAAGAAUCUCCACGCAUCGCUCGUCAUGUGUAUGUGUUGCUUCCAGUUUUUGUGAAUGUAGAGUAAGUAUUUAAAUUAUUGCGAGGUAUGAUGAAUUGAGGAAAUUUAUUAAUUUAUUUAAAUAUUGUCGAAACGCUCUAAGAAUGAUGAAUCCACAAGAAAUUUAGUGAUAAUAUUUCUUAUGAAAUGGUUUUCUUUUCUUUUCUCCUAUCUCUUUGGGAAGAGAAUUACUUUAAAAUUGGACAAUUACUGCAAAGUUACCCUUUUUAUACUCAGUUUACUUUUUUAAUUUUGUAAGAACUUACAUUCGAGAACGGAUUACGAUUUGAUGAUUCUCAAUUUAUCGCUUGGAAUUUGAACACCGCAUACUGUGUCCGAGAAUGUUUCAGACAUUACGCCCAUCGAAGCUGAUGUGUAGUGCAACUGGUGCAGACUUGAUCCGUUUUCCGAUCAGCUUGUUGGUAUUCAGUCACACGCAAAUUUUUCCAUUGCGAUUUGCCAUUUAUUGCGUUUUGUUUAGUUCGCUCGUUGAAUCUCAUUGGCAAUCAAACGCCAAAACGAUUCAGAUUAUGCUAAAGAUGCUUGCUCAGGAAAAUUGCUGCAUUAACAUUCAAAUUUUGCCAAAUUUUCCGCAAUAAAAUAUUUUUUUUUUUUUUUAUGAGAGACGUUUUGAAAAUGUUUCUUUGAAAUUUUUGGGCACAAUAGAUUUAACUGCGGUUAAAAUUUUGUGAAAAAUGCAAUGAAAAAUACUCAUAAUUAUCAAAUAAUUCCGGCUUUUAUCAGCUGAAAAUUUGCAACGUUUGGAUUUUUAUACGGCUUUCUUCCUCAGCAUGGCCGACGUUUCUCCCAUCGCACCUUGCGAGCUUUUCUAUUACAGCAUUUUUGCUAUCAUCGAUGGUCUCGCAUCAGAAAAAGUCCUAUCAAUCUGUAUGGUCCCUAUUCAUCGAAUGUCAAAAUUAAAAAUGUGAACAUGUAUUAAAUCUAGUCUUUAGCUUUGUAGUUAAUCCUUGUAUUUCCUAAAUUUUAAAAAUGUGUAAUAAAUUGUGAUAAAUCAGAAACGCGA